AUGAAAAGAGGAGACGACGAGGAAAGGGAAAAAGACGCCAAGGGAAACCCAACAGAGAGCGGGAUACCCGAGGCUUUCGAAGGUCCCAGGGCCAAAAGGCCGAGGGCAGGUACUGCUUCCCAGCCCGCAACUGUGGAUACGGGGGCCGAGAGAGCGUUCAGCGGAACGGGUUCACCAAUGGGUGGCCCAGGCACCAUGACCCGAGGUGGGGGACGAGUACGGUUGCCAGACAAGCUGCUCAGGUAUCUGAACGAUGAGCCCGUGCCCAACGUGAUAUGGUGGAUGCCCGAUGGGAAUGGCUUUGCCUACAACGUGGAGACUGUGCAAGCAGAGUUUCUGGACAGGUACUUCAAGGGUACCAAGCUAUCUUCGUUUGUCAGAAGUCUAAACCGAUGGGGCUUCAAACGAGUCUUCUACGCGGCGCUUCCGGAAAGCGUCAUUGCUUUCUAUCACCCCAAGUUCAAGAGGAGCCAUCCUGAGCGAGUCAAAGAGAUAAGCAUGACACCUCUCCCCAAGUCGCAAGGGGAUGACGAAGAACCUAUCCAGCUGGAAGCGCAAGAGGCAAAGGAAGCAGCACUUGCGGCCCCGGAGCCAGCACCUGCGGCCCCGGAGCAACUUCCACAAGCUCCUGUAGCACAGCCACCACAACCGCUGGCACUAACGCUGGCUCCGAGUGGCCAACGACCUGACCACCAGCCAGGAAACCCAGUUAUUCAAAUUCCUCAACAGCAGCAUCCGGUACUAGUAGGCGCAGAGAGAGCGUUGACUCGCGUACCCCAGCAGCAACAGCCUCAACCUGCCGCUUUAGAUGGGAACACCUUGGUUCAAAUAACUCAAUUGGUACAGCAGGCUGCGGCUGGGGGGCUGACCCCAGAAGCCAUAGCUGCGCUCACACAAAACCCACUUUUUGCUAUAAUGCAACAGCCACAACGGCAGCUGCAACCACUUCAGGUCCAUAUCACACCAGUGCCGAUACCCAGCAUUCAGCAGCAACCGACUGCUUCCACGGUCCCUGCUCAACCCCCCCAAGCUCAGCUCCUUUUCCCCGCCAUACAGCAGCAAAUGCAAGCAUCUCGACAGGAAUCUCAGGGAACGUCCCAGGCCCUUCAGUUUCCGCCACACGCUCAGGUUUUGCAACAAGGUUUGUCGCAAACCCAGGUCCUGCAAGUCCAAGCAUUGUUACAGCAGCAGCAAGCUCAGGCUCAGCAACAGCAAGCUCAGCAGCAGCAAGCUCAGGCUCAGCAUCAAGCUCAGGCGCAGCAGCAGCAGAUUCAGGUACUCCAGCAACAACCGCAGAUCCUACAACUGCCGUUUGUUCCACAGGCCCAACAGGAAACAGCUCAGGCUCUGCAGAAUGCUCAACAGCAAGCACGCCAUGCAUUUCAUCAAACCACGCAGGCUCCACCACAGAAUCAACAGCAAACAGCUCAGGUUUCGACGCAAACUCAGCAGCAUGCUGUCGCCCAGGUUCUCCCGAUACCUCAGGCCCAUGCCCAUUUGCAGGCUAUACAAGCCCAUCAGCAACAGCUUUCUCAAAACCUUCCAAUUCAACAGGCGCAGCUACCUCACGCGACACUUGUUCAUCAACCACAACAAAUGCAGAUCCCACAACUGAGCUUAGCCCACGCUGGCAACGUGGGUGGGCAGCAGGGCAUGGUUGAUGCGGGAAGCAACCUCCAGGCAGCCAUCCAGCACUUAGCUCAGCAAGGCCUCGUUAAUGCGCUUCAGCAGCAGCAGCAACUGCAACCUGGGUCUACCGGAGAAAGCGCUGGGCAAGUAGAACAGGGGCAAGAGGACAAACAAGAUACUGACUAG